AGAAGCAGACUCUGGCACUGCAGGCAGAGACCCGACGAACUGGUGGCGUAGAUCCAACCUAAAACCGCGGUCACGUCCUAUCGUCCGAGCACACCAGUGGAUCGCCGACCUAGAGUCCACAGGCUGAUUGGUUACAACCAUCGGGCGCAUAGCACAGUACGAAACAAUCAGAGUACAACACGCGCAACACUAUGACCCCAGCUUGUUACCACUUGGUGAAGUGGGAGUCGUCGACGCGCCAUCGUGUCUUGGCCUGAUCCACCACCGUUACAGAACCCUGCACGGCGAUGCGAGGCGCCAGAGACAUCCACGACCACCCGGCGAUGCAUGGUUGACACAGACAUACGCUGUUCCUUAAACAAAUAAGCGUUUGCGGUCCACAUUGUAUGACAGGGUAGGGUGGCGGCGCAAGGGAGUGAGUGACUAAACUGAUGAGAGAGGGGCGACGCGGGCAGAGGAGAGGACCAGGCGAGUUAGAGAGGGACGGCGCAGGUGCGCGGCAAAACGGAAAGCGCCAGUGAGGGAGCGACGUCUCGGUGCAGGGAGGGACGCCAAUAAAAGAAAGGGUGUCGUGUUGACGGAGAGAGGGACGAAGGGCAAUGCGGGUAAGGAAGGACGAGGCAAGAACAAGAGGGACCGCUGGUGUAGGAUUUAGGGGCGCGAACGAGAGAAAAGAAACGAAGGCGUAGAGACAGGAAAAGUGCGGACAAGGGGGAUUACGCGAGCAACAUAGGGCGAUAUAAGUGGCGCGGGUAGGUGAAGGACGCGAUUGAUGCAGGGAGGACGCAGGUGUGAGAGGGGUGCGAACGAGAGAGGGACGAUGCGAGGGAGAGGUUGUCGGUUCCCCCUCUUGCUUGACUCAGCUCCACCUCUUACAUUCCCUACCCUCCCCUCUUCCUCGCCGCGGCUCCCCCUCACACGUGCCCAAGCUUCCCCUCUUACCUGACUCACCUCCCCCUUCUACUCGCUGAAACUCCCCCUCAUGCUCCCAUCCACUGAUCCCCUUCUCACUGGCCUAUGGCCCCCUCUCACCUGCCUCUGCACGCCCUCCUGUUUGCCUCUGCCCCCCUCCCCCUUGCCUCUUCUCCCUGUCCCACCUACCUGUAAGGUCGGCACCUAUCCUGACAGUGAAAUCCGCAGGAGUGUCAUGGAGGGCACUGGCGACACCACCCUCCACCGAGGACGCCGGCACUGCAGGGGGGCAGACAGAGGGUCUCACCGCAAUGCGGCGGCCUGCGCACUCCUACAUGACAGCGCGUACCUCACCGAGCGCAGGCAGGUGCGAAGGCGCACCGGCCAGCCACCUGUUGUGCACUAUCCACUGUGAACGUGGACAUUGGACGAAUUCGACCGGCAAGAUCCUAAACAGUUCACCAUGCUAGAUAGGUGGGGGGCAGAGUGGGUUGGUUUCAGGAGGGAGAAAGAGGUGACAAGUGCGAAACACAUGGUGGAGAACGUGAUACAGGUGUGCUGUGGUGGAAACAUUGUCGAGAGUUGCACGGGUCGGCCGUUGCAACCGAAACAUCAUCGUUUUCGUUGCUACAUAGUAUACUCCAGACUCUUGGGAGAGCAUGCCUUUUCCCGGGUACACCUGCCACGGCUCAUAUAUGUGGUCAUUGGAUCUCUAUAUUCUGAACUCGGAAACGAGGGGUAGUAUGAGCAUUGUGAUAAGGAAGACAUUGAUAAGUUUGAGCGCUGGGUUCUGCAGGAGGACAUUGAAUCAGCCUUGGUGUGGGAAGAUAUGAAUAAUUUUUUAG